UUAAAUCAACCAAAGGGAAAGAGACUAUGAAAGCAAAAGCAAAGGAAAGCUGUCAAUCUCUCCCUAUCUUUUAAAUACAAAAAGAAUCACCAACUCCAAAGAGCUCAAAAACCAUACAAGCUAGCCAGAGCAAGCAGAAAGUGAAAUCUGAAAGAGAGAAAGGGAGAAGAACAAGAAGAAGAAGAGACAUGAGAAGAAGAGAAGGCAAAGGGGCUCCUCCCACUGACCUCUUGGUAUGUUUUCCUUCUAGAGCCCAUCUAAGCCUUAUGCCCAAGGCAAUAUGCAGCCCAGCUCGUCCUUCUGAGCCUACCAAGCGCCACCACUACCACAACCACCAUAACUCUCUCUCAAGAUCGAGCAACAACAGAGGAGGCCAAGCUAGCCCUCUCUUAUGGUCCAAAACCAAGCCUAUGGGAUCAGAGAUCGCUGAACCCACUUCCCCCAAAGUCACCUGUGCCGGACAGAUCAAAGUCGGGAAGAAGGCCAGUUCCUGCAAGAACUGGCAAUCAGUCAUGGAAGAUAUCGAGAGGCUCCACAACCAUAGAAAGCACAAGAAGAGACCCAAUUGGGUAGAAAGUCUGGGAUUCAAGAAGGAUAUAAUGCAGUUCUUGACUUGUUUAAGAACCCUUCGAUUCGAUCUACGGUGCUUCGGCUCUUUCCAUGGAUCUGAUAUCACUUCCGAUGAUGAGGAAGUUGAAGAAGAAUACGAAGAAGAGCAAGAAAAUCAGGUAGGCAUCGAGGAUAUUGAUGGUAGUGGUACUUCAAGAACCGUUUUUUCUAAGUGGUUCAUGGUAUUACAGGAAAAUCAGAGUAAUGGGUUCAGUAAAGAAGAGCAAUUUGGGGAAAGUAGAGAUGAUAGAGACGGGACUCAUCAUGAAGGUUCAGAGGUCGCUCCUUCUGCUCCUCCUUCGAAUGCUCUGUUGCUCAUGCGUUGCAGGUCUGCCCCUGCAAAACGUUGGUUAGUAGAGAAAGAGAAAGAAGAAGAAGAAGCAACAAAGAACACAAAGCUGCCUUCAGAAGAAGAGAAAAAUAAAGAUAGCUUGGUGUUGAUGAGCUAUGCCCCUGAUUUCUUCAAGGUCUCUACUGAUAUUGCAAAGGAGACUUGGGUUGUUGGUGGAAUGAGAGAUCCGUUAUCGAGAAGUAGAAGCUGGAAGAGAUGAUGAUCUUGGUGAAUUGUUACUUAAUUUUCGUAAUUUAAUUUCUUGAAUAUUGUUCUUGUUUACUUCUUUGUUUUCAUAAACCACACCCCCCUCUCUUCUGGGGAUGCUUGUGUAUCUUUGGAGAAGCCAAACUGCUAUAGUUUUCAGCAUAUUUUUGUUGUUUUCUUUGGUUUUACUGGGAACUGUGUCAAAUCUGUACAGACUUUCCUUCUUGUGGAAAAGAGUUUGCUGGCAUUGGCAUGUAAUAUAUACAGGUUAAAGACAUAUUUCUGAUUCACAAGAAGAUUUUCAAUUUC